CGGAGAACCCGAAUGUCGGAAGAAGCUAAAGCGGUCCAAUUGCUGCCCGGAAAUCGAGCUGGACUUCGAAGUCUCUUGAUCGCCGUCUGGGUACCAAGGCAGACCACAGGCAGCCGUGGCUCAGAUGUCGCGCCGGCAGGUUUAGCGACAAGGGCGGUAGACGUGCCGAUGAACAGGUAGCGAGGGGCGUGGGGGCCAAUCGGUAUGACGCUUCUGCGAUUUGCAGCGCUUUGGCGAGCAGAAUCCUGGAUUUAUGACUGGCGACCAAAUCCGCACCGUUUGGUUCCGGCUGCCCUGAUUCGACCUGGCAGGCAACGACAGCAGCUUUCUGCAAAGGGCCACACCGCAGGAGGAAGCUCGCCCUAUAUGCUGCCUGUACUCGCGCUCAGGCCCAAUGCCGAGCAAGAUAAUCGAGACGUUGUUUGGGAGUGUCUCCCUGGGUUGAGUGGCUGUGAGAGUGCUCAACAAACAAUUGGAUGUUGGAGUACGGGGAUGCUGUGUGGGGAGAUUCCUGCAGCGCACGACCAGUUGAACCGAGAGUCAACAGGAAUGGAACCGGAGGGUGAGAGGAAGUGUGAUACCCGCGUUCCGGGCGCGGCUUACACCCCAGAUUUGUUGGCCUUGAUCGAGGUGCGGUUCUGCUGGCUGCGAGAACAGGGGGAUCCCGCGGCUACUGUUUUUGGAAGCCCCUGUGCAACCUUCCGCCUGAUUUGACGCGGGCGUCUGUUAGAGGCGCCAGCGACGGUUCAAAGAUCACGCCCGUCGGGUGCAGAAGAGUGAGGAUGGAAAAGCGUUUCUAGGGGCUGUGGCCAGGCGCGUAUGCGUUGAAAUUCUCCAAGUUGAACCUGUAAAGGGAAUUCGUUCCUCGUGGUCGACAAUCGUGUGUUCCCUCGAGGCUGGGUUACAAAGCUGCACUCUAACGGCCUUUAUCCAUGUGAGGUGUCCAGUCCACGGGGCUCGCUAAGAUAUGGUUGGCCGCUUCCAGGCAGACGAAGGAAGUGGG